UGAAACACCCAAUGGCGUCCGAUUGCAUUGCCUGCAUCCACCUGCUAUUCGUAAAAUGUCAGGUCGAUUUCAAAGUCACAUAAGUUUACUUCCGUGAUUUAAUUGAUAUUUGAUAAACUCUGAUCUGUAGCGGAAGUAAUAAUAAUAUAAUCAUGCUCGUGCUAGUAUUAGGUGAUCUUCACAUUCCGCAUAGAUGCAGCAGCUUGCCGAGCAAAUUUAAAAAACUUCUGGUGCCGGGCAAGAUACAACAUAUUUUGUGUACAGGAAAUUUGUGUACGAAGGAAUCGUACGAUUAUUUGAAAACGUUGGCCAGUGAUGUACAUGUCGUCAGGGGGGAUUUUGAUGAGAAUUUGAAUUAUCCUGAACAAAAAGUGGUAACGGUAGGCCAAUUCAGAAUCGGUUUAUCUCAUGGUCACCAAGUAGUUCCAUGGGGAGAUCCAGAAUCGCUGGCGUUAAUUCAAAGGCAGUUAGACGUCGAUAUUCUAAUAUCAGGCCAUACCCAUAAAUUUGAAGCAUACGAGCACGAAAACAAGUUUUACAUCAAUCCUGGAUCUGCCACCGGUGCUUAUAGUCCUCUCGAUACUUCGGUCAUUCCGUCGUUUGUACUAAUGAACAUACAGAGUCCCACAGUUGUUACAUAUGUAUACCAACUUGUUGGAGACGAGGUUAAGGUCCAGCAGAUCGACUACAAGAAGAGCUAAGAUCUCCCUAAAGGAUUACAGAAAUCGACCGUUAUUUUUUUUUGACAUGUCUUCUGAAAUCAAGUCCCCUGAUCCGAGGGAUAACGAAAACCUUCUCGGACGAAUGUCUGCAGGAUUUGAAAUUCUGCAGUUUAUCACACAUAACACUUUAAAUCGUAUACAAAGAUCAAGCGUGUAAUGUCUUUAUUGUAAAUAAAAUGAAUUAUUUGAAGA